CCAGUGGUAAAACAUUUAACCUAUAUAUACCCCCCAUUUUAGUUUCUCCGUCAGUCAACAUCGAUCUGAGUCAACCCCUGCGAAGAAUCACCGAAAGGCUUUCCCACAGUUGCGUGCACAUAUAAAUUCAUUCUUUUACCAGAGACAGCAGCGAGAUGAUGAGACCAUUGAAUCUAGUUUUCGUCGUGAUUGUGGUAGUCCAAGCUCUGAACUUCGUGAGCGUUCAAACUUCCACGGAAUCAGAAGAUAGCAGUGGUUCCAACUCCUCCGAAGUUUCUCAUCCGGGUCCAAGAUGUACGGCUAGAUGCACCGGAGGUCCUCACGACAAAUGCACCCUCUGUGGAACUGUGUGUCCGCUCACUUGUGAUAGACCGGAAAUCAGAGCAUGUACAAAGCAAUGCGCUGUCAAUGUUUGUAGGUGUGAGGAGGGCUACGUACGUAAUGCUGAUGGACAGUGUGUCAAGCCUAGACAGUGUCCAAGAAGAGAACCAGGAUGCACUCGGAGGUGCACUGGUGGUCCUCAUGAUAGGUGCACCCUCUGCGGUAGUGCGUGUCCACGUACUUGUGAUAGACCUAAUCCCACCAUUUGCACUUUGCAAUGCCUGGUGAACGUCUGCGAAUGUGAAAGAGGCUACGUUCGGAAUGACCAUGGACAAUGCGUCCGGCCAAAUCAGUGUCCACCAUUAUGUACUCGCCGAUGCUUUGGUGGUCCUCACUGCCUCAAGCUACCGAAGAACUCUGAAAUGAACAUUGUUUUUGUUACCACUCAAUUCUCCGCAAUUUCAGUUAAUAUUGAUGUAGCGAUAAAAACAUUGGACUUAUCUCUCGUCAACAAAUAUUCCCAGAAAUGAUUGUAUGUCUUCUGAAUAAACACAAAGUCUUGCUCUAUCAGUUAUCACUCAUCACAUGGCUUGCAAUAAUCAUAAACAUUUGCAUCUUUCCAUCAUUAAAUAAAUCUAAUUACUUCCUCUGUCGGUUAUCAUUCACUACGUGAUUUGCAGUAACAAUAAACACAACAACAAUUUUUUA